CCCACUCUUCUUUGCUUCCGUCUUCACCUUUGCCCCUCUCUCCCGAUCUCCACCAACCGUGCUCCGGUAUUGCCUACUAGUACUGGUUAUAGUUCUUUCGUUAUCAUGUCUCAGGCUGUCACGUAAAAUCCGAAAUAAUGAAGCUGUAGGUUUCUUUCCUUUUAUUCUGUCGUUGUCUUUGUCAUUCAUUUUUUUGAAAAAAAAAAAAAGAAUUUCUUGUGCGAUGAUGGCUGACAGGAAAGGAUUACCUCCUCUUUCGCUGUUAAAAUCUCGUUUCUUUCGGUUUUCUAGGUCCUUCCCUCCUCUCUUCUGAUAGGUUAUGGGUUGAGAAAACCUCUCAAAGAUCCCAUCUUGGUGUCAUUUUUUAUGAUAAUUUUUCGUGGUUGAGACUUGCGAAGCAUAGUAUCGAAAUGGCUCGUUCUUUUUGAUAGAUUUGCCAAUGCGUUGAUCAUGGUUUCAUAAAAUCUGCGUUGAAACAUCCCAAAAAAAAGUUUCCCCUUGGGGAGAAGGUUUAUGUAAUGUUAUGAGGAGUUGGACCAGGCCUUUCUUAGCACCCAUCUUUGUUAGGUGCUUGCUUCUUUUGUAGGCCUUGAAGCGUUGCCUAAAAUUUGCGUCUUCUGGGGUGAUCUGUCUGCUUAUUUAACCCACCAAAAGUUUCUUGGUUCAUUUCAUGAAUUCUAUGCUUCCAUGCUUCUUCUACCUACAUAACGGGGGAAAAGAAAAAUGAAAUUUUCCAUCCCGGUUGUGGUUAGACCUUACUGAGAUUUUCAUUCGAAGACACUGUUUUCACAGUUUGGUGAUUUUAAUUUUGUUCUCUGCUUCGGAUUGAAAUCUCAAAAGAUAGCCUCUUAUUAAGGCUUUUCAUGGUCAUAUAACAAGGCACUGUUCUGGAUUCUUUGGCAAAUGGCAACAAAGGGAGAGAAUCACAGUGAUGAUAUAGAGGGAGGGCCACACCAGCCCUUUUCAGAUGAGGGUGAUGAUGGCCUCUGCUUUGCUGAUGCAGAAGACCAGUCCUGGCAUUCACCAUAUUAUUCACAUGGUGCUGGUUCGGCUUAUGAUCAGCAUCAGUUCUCGAGUGCUUCUCAUUUUGAGAUAGAUGGAGUUCCAGAAACAUGCAGGAAGUCUUGCGUCUCUGAUUGUUCGGUCGAGGUUGAUUUGGAGAGUGGGAUUUUAGAUAUUAAGGUAAACAAAGACAAGGUUGAGAGGGAUUGCAGGAUUUGUCAUCUCAGCUUGGAAAGUGAUGCCCCAGAUUCGGGCAUCCCAAUUGUAUUGGGCUGUUCUUGCAAGGAUGAUUUAGCUGCUGCUCACAAGCAUUGUGCCGAGACAUGGUUUAAAAUUAAAGGAAACAAAACCUGUGAGAUUUGUGGCUCGACUGCACAGAAUGUGGUUGGUACUGGUGAGACUGAGUUCAUUGAGCCGUGGCACAGUACUGCAGCACCACCGGCAGCACCACCAGAAACCCGAAGCUUUUGGCAGGGGCAUCGGUUCCUCAACUUCUUGCUUGCAUGCGUGGUUUCUGCCUUUGUUAUCUCCUGGCUUUUUCAUUUUAAUAUUCCUGGUUGAGUCCAUUUCCAGUUGCACAGGUUCCCCAAGCUAUCAUGAGGAAGUUUUUUCUAUUGCUACGAGGAACCCCGAGCAAUAUCUCUACAGAAAAGAACCUGAAUUAGAAGAUUUGAUGACAGAACCAUGAUGCCCACUAAUAGGUGUGGAAGGUCUGGUGAGUUUGUUGAAGGGCAAGUAAAUAACCAGAUGCCUCGUGUUGGGUGUCAAAGAUCCCUUACAGGUUCUUUGGGCAGAGGAAAAGAUCAGGCCAAUGAACCAUGAUGCUGACUUUCAGGCAGUCAAGAGUGUUGAUAAAGAGUUUCUUUCUUUUUUUUUUUUCCUCCCUUGAUAGUCCUUUGAUGAACUUUAUUCUGGGUGUUUGUUGAGCAUGGCUAUGCUUUAGUUUUCAGCCAUGCCAUUGUUUACCUAUGAUCCUUUUCCUCUGAUGUACGAGUUGACAACAAUUGCCUUCGGAAGUAGGUGCGUAAGUUACUGGUAAAGCUGGUAUUGACUGGAUCAGGCUUGACCCGGUCUACCACUUGGCAUUAAGCCAU